AUGGCUGAUACAGUAUCACAAUUCAAUAGUAUCUCUUUAGACAAGGGAAAGGAUUUCAGUUGGGUGUUCCUGGUGGACUGGAUCCUGACGCUAAUAUUAUCAAUCACAGUACUGUUUUACGUUGGGCGAGCUAUAGCAUGGUUUAUUAGCUUUAUAGCAGAAUGGUUGUUAUGGAAGCGAUAUCGGCUGAAAGUAAAUAUAGAAUCUCUCCGAGUGAGUUUACUAGGUGGGAGAAUAUUCUUUAAGAACCUAACCAUCAUCGACAAAGACUAUACCAUUUCCUUUCUCAUAGGACAAAUAUCUUGGAGGUACUGGCUAUUUAGGCCUAGGAUACCUCAGUUUCUAACGGAACUAAACGCAGAAGAUGAUGAUGGGGCAUCGCUUCAACGAAAUGAGAAACUGGCAUGUAGGCUUUUACUGGAGUGCGAAGGGGUGGAACUCUUCUUAUAUAAUAGAACAGUGGCGUACGACAACACAAUUAAAAUGUUUUCCAAGGAAGAAAGGGCGAAGUUUGAGGAGUUUCUGAACGAACACGUCUUCACAGACCGCGCUUCGACCGAAUCCAGCAACGGAUCAUCUUCAGAGGAAUCCAAGGCACAGGAUGAGGUUGAAAUUAAAUCUUACACAGAGAGUUCCUUUGACGAGAGCAAUGAAUCUCAAAUGGCGAACGACCGUAUUUUCCACGAUGAGGAAACUGGUAAAAACUUAUUCCUGAAUUACCUCCCUCUACAAAUUAAGGUUUCGCAUGCAUCAUAUGUGGUGGGUAACAAAUUCACGCCAUCAUUAUUGAUUGUCAGUGCCGAUAGUGCAGAAGGUGUGAUGGAUUAUUGUCAGCCGAAGGAAAAGUUGGAUAUAUACAAAACCAAGCUCACCAUGGACGCAAAAAAUGUUUCAGUUUCAUUGAAACAAAAUAUUGGCUACAACGAGGAGGUCUUGCUGAAGUUUAAGCUAACAACUGGGAAAUUAUCAAAGUUAUGGGAUAAUUUUGUUAAAGCUACCGCAUUUGUGAGAAAACCGUUGGGUUUGUCCCGAAAAAAGAAAAACAGACCAUCGGUGACAGCGAAUUUUCAUCAAAAAUGGAGAGGUCUCUCUCUAUACAAGAACUAUAUGUUUGAGGAUGUCCAAAAUGAUUUAGAUGAUAUAGAGUUUGAUUUGGCAGGGCAUGAAUAUGCAAAAUUUACCAGUAUCAUUAAAUGUCCCAGGGCAAUUCUAACAUAUGAAUUUGAUAUCCCGGGGUUUGUACCACAUGGUGCACACCCAACAUUAUCCUCUAUUGACGGUCCGGAUAUCGGAAAUAACGGGGCACCGCCAACUUUUGGAUUAGAGAUUCAGCUCUUUGGUGGGUCGCUUUGUUAUGGGCCUUGGGCACAGAGACAGGUGGCCUUUAUUCAAUCGCUGUUGGCACCUCAAAUAUCCCGUGAUCAGAAACCUGUGAAACCGCUACAACCCGGUGAGAGGAGAAUGUACACAUUAUUCAAACUUGGUAUCGUGGUGAACGAAGAUAUCACAUGGCGGAUACCAACGAGGGAAUCGAGUAAAGAUGCGGAAUUUUUGAGGCACUAUAAGAACACAAACGAAGAUUAUAGACCCUUCGGUUGGUUGGAUCUUAAAUUUUCCAAAGAUUCAUAUGCAUCGUUCAAUUUUGCAUUGUGCUCUACCGCGGAUGGUUCACAAAACACUAUGAAAAUCCAUUUAGGAGACUCAGAGAUCAGAUCGAGCGUUAAUCACGAUAUUUUCAUCAAAUCAAAAAGUCUCGAUUUUGAUCUUAAUCUAGGGUUUCCACUUGGUUGGAAUGAAAAAGCGAAAUGGACUAUAAAUGUGGCCUCCAGUCAACUGGAAACGUUUCUGCUUAGAGAACACAUUACAUUGAUAGCGGAUACGAUGUCCGAUUUUUCGACAGGGGAGCCAACACCGUAUGAACUUUUCAGGCCGUUUCUCUACACAAUAAACUGGAAACUUGACGGUUACUCGAUAUACCUGAAUGUGAACGAUCACAACAUUGUUAACAAUCCGUUGGAUUUCAAUGAAAAUUGUUAUCUGUCCUUUCACGGAGACAUAUUGAAUGUGGAUAUAACUGUUCCAAAAGACAGGAUCGAUGCAAGAGCUACUGACAUUUCAUACAAUAUCUACACCCCGAUGUUCAGAUUGAUGUUAAAUGCACCUCCUUGGAACACACUAAAUGAGUUCAUGAAACAUAAGGAAGUUGGCCGGGCAUAUGACUUCAGAACUACAGGAAACUAUCUCAUUUACAAUGAAUUAGAUGUGGAUAACGUUGAUAUGAUUACCAUUAUAUGUUCCAGUAAGAGCACGGUUUUACAUUGUUACGGAUUUGUUAUUAGGUAUUUGAUGAACAUCAAGAUGAACUAUUUUGGUGAUUUUUUCCAUUUCGUCACAUCUGAAGAGUACACAGAAAAAAUUAGCUCGAAGGGCUACGGUGAAGGCAGUCUUUUUGAAAAAUAUUCAGAUGACGCUUCCACAUUUGUAUCUGAUUUUGAUAAAAACAAUGAGGAGGACGAUAAAGUGAAGGUUCCUAGAGGACCAGCUGACGUUCGAAGAAAAACAAACGAAACGGACUUGUGGCUUACCUUCAACAUUUGGGAGGGAGCUUUGCUGUUGCCAGAAACAAUUUACAACUGUGAUCCAUGCAUUGCCUUGCAUUUUGGAGAAUUGGCCAUUGAUGUCAGGAGUACUAACUAUUACAUGGAUCUACUAGCAAGCUUAGAUGAUAUCAUCCUCCGUCAGUAUUCAAAUGUGCAACCAAACGAGAUUUUUGAAAAUGUGCGCCAAUGCAAUGGUAGAGAUGUUAAAGGGCACAGUUAUAUUUCGAACAUCAAUAUUCAUGGUCACAGAAUGUACGGGUUACCACCGACUGAACCAACAUACUUUUGUAAAUGGGAUUUCGAUUUGGGAACCAUUAAACUCGAAUCUGAAGUAGACUUUAUGAAAGGGCUUGUGACUUCCUUUCAAAAAAUUGGUUUUGGUUUCGAUGACUUAGAAAACGUGCUAUUGUAUGAAAAAGAGGUAGUUGAUGAUAUGACUGCUGUCACAGUCAAUGUAAAGGACUUCAAAAUCAUAAUACAUAACCCUGAAUUACACUCGCGGGCAGAGUUGAUCCUGAACAACAUGCAGUUUUGCAAUAUCGAUUUUGAAAAUGAAAAGUACUCUACUAGAAUGGACAUCAGAAUUCCGCUACUAAAAUUGUCCCUUUAUGGGUAUAACUAUGAGGCUAGUAAGGAACUGUCUUUUUUCAAUUUUGAAACGAAGAUAAAUUUUACCAAUUUUUGCAACUACAAAAACUGUGUUCAACAUAGAGCAUUACAAAGGGACUAUAUAACAAUGAAUGAUGCUCCCUUCCAUCGUUGUGGAUUCAUAUUACCUGCGAGCUACCAAAAUUCUGUGAUCUAUCAAAAACUGUAUGGGAGCAUAGUACCCUCUAGCUCUUUGCCACCUUUACCUCUUCCUCUUUUAGAAGAAACUUUUGAGUUUAUCAUCCAAGACUUCUUACACGAAUAUAACACCACGAGCGAUUGCAUUAUCUUAAACUUGCCGUACCCUGAUUCCACCAACUUGAACUCCGAUAGUUUUAACUCAUAUCCCGAUACCGCACCCCACACACUGAGCGACACAAUCAUUAGAAAGUCGCCUUUACCUGAAGAUGAGCGUGAUAAUUACGUGAUUGACUUUCGUUAUAUUUCGAUCUCCAUUGACCCUGAACUGUUUUUCUAUAUAGAAAAACUAUUGAAUCAUUUUUACGGUGACGAUGAUACCCAAGUUAUUGAUAGUAUUGAAAUAGGGCUUGUGAAAAGACUCAGUAACUUUCAAGAAGGUAUAUCGAGCAUUAAUAAUUUCAAAAUUAGAAUUCUGUUUUUUGACGUCUUUUGGGGACAGCGAGACACAGGAGGAAUUGAGCUUUACCUUGAUACACUAGAUUUUGAAAUGAACGAGAAAUCCAUCGAAAAAAAUCGUGAAAAAAGUUUAACUGAGGUGACUACUCUUAUGAAGUUGAAUUCGAUACGAGCAUCAGUUAAUGCAAAAUAUUCUCGUGGGAAAACUGAAGGGCAACCACCGGCAUUAUCUUUGAUGGUUGAAGGUGUUAAAUUCUGGUCGACUACAGCGAAAAAAGUAAUAAACUCGAUUAUUCUAACAUCCAUAGACGCCACAAUUGAUGAGACACAAGUUGUUUGGCUAUUUAACUUCUUUGGGGAUCAAAAAGAGCUAAUUGGAUCAGUUGUGAAAACGUUUGAAAAAGUACAGAAGUUGAGGACGCAGUCAAGAAAAGAAUUGAUAUCCCGACUCACAGUUGCGAGUGAAUAUUAUCAAAUUAGUCACGAUCCAUACGUUAUUACGAAGCCUGCGUUUAUUACACGAUUAUCGCGGGGUCACGUCCGUGAAAACCGUAGUUGGAAAAUCAUUACAAGACUGCGUCAUAUAAUGACGUACCUCCCUGAUGACUGGAACGAGACAGUGGCAAAGCAAUUAAAGGAACGAAAAUAUAAUGCUUCAAAGGAUGCAAAAAGUAUUUUCAUGUCUGUUUUUUCUUCGUGGAGGAACUGGGAAUUUUCUGACGUUGCACGUUCCUACAUUUACAAUAAGGUGUUUCUGGCAAAUCAAGCAGAAAAACAACAAAAGACCGUGAAUAAAGGAUGGAAAGCUGCGUUCGUUUCUGUUUACAUCACUGUUUACACAGCGGGUCUUGGUGUAGAUCAUAGUUUUAUUGUCACCAAGUCUAAUUUGGUAUUUGAGGAAACUCCUGAUACUACUGAAAGUGGUUAUAAUCAAGAAAAGGUUAUUAAUGUCACCGGAAAUUUAGGCUCUAUCAAAGGGAAAAUAAGCGAUAAGAUGUUUAAGCUUCAUAAUCUUAUGAAUUUGGUUCAACAACAGGAGGAUCCAGCGUUAAAAAGUAUUUCUUCGUUUUCCAGGUCAUUUAAGCUUAAUAUCGCAUUGCUCUUCGAUAGUAGCGAUUUACUGUUCGUGUUUGGGGAAACAAGUCUUACAAACACCAUUCAUUCGGGUAAAGCAAGUUUUCUGUGGGAAAAUCCAAAAGGACCUACAAAAGAGACUGCUUCUUUAGUUUUAUAUGCAAAGCGAUGUGAAACAUCAAUGAAACAUCGAAACUCCAUGCUAUUCGAAAACCAAAUUACAGGGAUAGCUCUUUCUGCGGCAGCUGAUUCGAUUAUUAGUCAUCCUUCGAUAGUUGCUAAUUUUCAAUGUGAUGAUAUCAAUCUUCGUGUUAUGCCACAAACAGAAGUUAUUGUUACCUUUUUACAGGAAUUCAUAGCCAAAUUUAAUUUGGUUAAAGAAAGCUUUGAAACCGAUGAUUUGCCUAAACCUACUCCAACCAACGAUUCGCCUAAACCUACUCCAACCAAAAUUAAUCCGUUCCUUCUUGUUGAUUUGGACUUUACAUGUUUUUUUUCAAAUGUUAGUCUCGACAUAAUGCCUAUCGUCCCUUUUCAAUUCAGACAAGAAACAAAAAAAAUGGAAUUCAAAUUUAGUUCACAACGAACCCAGAACUUUCAAUUCAAUAUAUGGGACUCGGAUCUUUAUCUGGGUUCGCAUUUGACUAAGCAGCAAUAUUUCCGUCUUUCUCUGGGCAAUAUUAUAGUAGGAUAUACAAAUGGUCGUUUGGUUAACACUAUUCACAACCUAGAUGUCUCUGCUUCCAUAGUGAAAUUAACUUUUUCGGAACCACACAGAAUGCUUUUCAGUUUCUUACAGGAUGAACGUGAAGUUUCAAGAAGUGUAAAGAAACUACAAGUUUUGGGAAAUCUUUUUUCUUCUGAACCGGAGAUAAAUACGAUUCCUGCUGGAGCUAAGAUUGAUUGGAGAUUAAAUGCCGAUAUCAAAUAUCUCGGCAUACUGAUCCCAGUUUCCACAACCUUCUUUGUGUUUGAAAUGCAUACAUUACUUGCUUCACUGGCUGACGUUGAUUACGGGGAAAUUUAUAGGGAGGCAGACGAAGCCUCCGGUCAAGUUUCUGUUGAUAACAUUCUUUUUUUGAUCAAAGAUCGUACAAUUCCAUCAACCCUAUCUCGGAUUAUUGAUCUCUCCUUCAAGAUCUCAGCAAUUCAAAAAAUCAUGGAGAGCCACCACUCGUAUCAAAUCGAGUCACCGCACUUGAGAUUUUGUUUUUCGCCAUAUUCUCUGGUGCGUAUUCUUUGGGGUGGACACCAACUUUUGGCAUUGCAUUCACAUUACCGGCGACACCAUUCAAAAAAUCUGUGGGAUUUCCUACCAAAGAAAGAAAAGAAGGUUGAAGAAGAUAAAACUACUUCUUUCUUUUCGACUUUGACAUUUGGCUCUUGCCAUAUCCUAUCCUAUAAUUUCUGUGUCGGAUGGUUAUUUCAGAAUAAUGGGGAUACCGAUGCAGGGCUUAUUUUGGGUUACAACCGUUUAUUUUCAGCCUACGAAAAGGGUUGUGGUAAGCUUACUUUAGUGGAUGCAUUCUUUUCGGUUUCCAACGGUAGAACUUCAGACACCUUUUAUUCUGAUGGAAAUGAAGAAGAUAAGUACAAUCGAAGCUUUCUUCCUAAUUUGCAGAUAAUAUAUUGGCUAAAGGCUGCCGCAGAAAUGAAAGAUGUUUUUAUCAGACUUCAUGGUGAAACUUUAGAUGUUAAUUUUCUGUCAUCUUUUGUCAAAAUCAUUGAGGCAACACUACAGUCGAUACAAGUUUUUCAGGAGUUGAAAAAAGUAUUGGUGAAUCCAUUAACACAAUCUGAAGCAAGAUCGGAAGAGGAAGAGGAGGAGAGUGAGGAACAUAAUAGACGAGAAACCGUUCCUGGUAAAGAAAAAAAGGAAGAUGCUCCACGCAAAGAUAUUGCUCCAUUCCUAUCGGAUAUUAGAAAGGUUAACUGUCAAUUCAAGUAUGAUGGUGGUAUAUUCAAGGUGUAUUCUUUUGAGGAUAUUGAAUCGAACCUGGAUCCAUCGUUUGAGAUCAGAAGUCCAGGAGUAACAAUCGAUUUAGAUUAUAAGAAUAAUAUUGGCGAUGUAAAACCUCAUCUUAUCAGAACAUUGAUUACAGUCAAUUCCACUCAUAAUGUUCUAUUUGCACGUUGUGCUCCGUUAUUAAUGGCACUGUCUCAGGAUAUUCAACAUAUGGUGAAGAAACAUAGUUCAAAGAAAAAACCAGAGCCAAAACAGCGUGUGUCAAGGCCCUCCCAGAAUAUAGAUUAUAAACGGCUGUUGAACAGCUUCGACAUUCUGUUUAAAAUUAUAUCAUCUGAGCAAAAAUUGAGUUUAAGUUGUGAACCGAAAGCAAAAGUCCAAGCAAAUGUUGGUUUCGACUCUUUUAUGUUUGCGAUUCUUACCAACGACCUUGAUACGUCUGAACCUUUGUCUUUCGCACUGGUGGUAAAGAAUACGAGAUCAGCAAUUAGGCAUAUUUUUUCGAGGGAACCAAGUGCUUCAUUUGGUUUAGACCUGAUUGAUGUUACAUUCAUGUUUACUCACCCAAAUAUUAUCAAUAUGUUCGGGGCUUGUUUGAUAUCGGAUGUCGAGGUAUACUUCAAUGUUAAACAAUUACAGAAUUUGUAUUUGUUUUUGGAUAUUUGGAAAUUGAGUAACUUGCUACGUCCUAAACCGAUGAAAAAACCAGAGGAUCACCAUGUUGCUAUUGACGCACCACCAUCUUCGCCAAUGGAUGUUGGAAAUAUAAUUCCCUGGUGCUUUACUCUCAUCUUUGCCAACAUAAACGGUAAAGUUGAUCUUGGACCUUCUUUGGGUCUUUUGUCGUUAAGUAUGAGGAAGGCGUGGUUUGCUUCAGAUCAUUAUGAGAGCAAAAGACAAUUGCUACAUGCAUACAUUGAUCAAAUAAAACUAACCGCUAAGGGGAGGUUGAGUGGUAUUGUCGAACUUGAUGGUGCGCUCUGGGCCGCCGAAGUUAAUUGGCCUAAGUAUGACGAUCCAUACCCACUUGUGGCCUUGUCGUUUGUCAUAAGCAAUAUUUCUUUAAAAGUGGCGUUUGACUACCAUAUGUUCUUGAUUGGUACAGUUUUGAAUACGGUCUUCCACUUGCAUAGUGAAAGAGACACGUCUGGUUUUAUGCCUGAUUUGUUAAAGGUAAUGUUAACUUGCGAACAGAUCGAUAUGUGUUCUACAGCUUUGGUUGCAGCUAAUUUACUUGAUUUAUACAACACGAUCAUGAGAAUGAGGCAAGAUACAAAUGUGUCGUAUCUGGAAACUUUACGGGAGUCUAAUACCACAGAUACAAAGGAAACAGUGGACUAUAAGGAUAUUUUGAAGGUAUUGAAUUUGAUCCAGACCGAUGUAGUUGUCGAUAUAAACACUUUGAAUGUCCAGAUAUCCCCUAUUUCUUUGUUUGAUGUGGAGGUUUUGGUUGUCAAUAUUGCCAAUGUCUGUGCAAACGUCAAAACCCACGCAGGAGAGAAAUUGGAGACUUACCUCCAUUUACAGCUUUACAAUGCACACGGAUCAUUAUCUAGCUCCAAAGGAGAAAUGGAUGAAGAUAUGGUUUCAAAGAUAUCUGUUGAGGACUACAUGGUAUACGCAUCGAAGAUAGUCGGUGGUACCAUUUUCGAUAUUCCAAAACUGGAAAUCAGUAUGCAUACUUUCCAGAAGUCCAAUAGUGAUAUUCUGGAAUACGGAUACAGGAGUACAUUCGGUGAUAAAAUCGCAGUGAGAUGGAAUCUGGGCCCGGUUAACUUCAUCAAAGAGAUGUGGACGACACAUAUAAAAGCACUUGCCGUUCGUCGCUCCCAAUCUCUAGUCGGCACCACAGGCGAUGAAGAGGGGGAUGUAGAAAAGAGGAUGAGGGACGAAGAAACACUUUCGAAGUUAACCUACAUAGCGAUUGAGGAGCCACAAAUAGACACGCCUCAGAUUAAAGAUUUGGGAGAUGCCACUCCAUCUUUGGAAUGGUUUGGGUUAAAUCGGAAAAAAUUCCCAAUUUUUACACAUCAGACUGUCAUAGUUCCUGUCCAAAAGUUGAUUCAUUCUGCUGAAAAAGAAUACGCAAAUAUUGUCGGGCAUUCUCAAUAG